UUUACGUGGGGGUCAGAUGGAGGGAUUGUACAUUCUACCAGCAUGUGAUUGUGGACUGGUUUGUGGUCUUGAGUGUGUAUUUGAUCCGUUCUGCAUUCUCCUUUCCUGCUGAAGCACUGGGACAGAAGGGUGAGUCCCCUGCUCCCAUCUCUCCCCUUUCUCCUCUGCACUCCCCCGACUCCCUGGAGGAGCUCUCUCUGACAGAGAGUCCUAACCAGCCCCCCUCCUCCUGGGCUGCUGCUCCGCUGGGCUCCUCGUCCGCCGCCCCCCAGGGCGCUCCUUGGGGCGGGCUGGAUGACGCAAAGAACCCAGUGGAUCUGCUGGACCCCCUAGCCGGGCCUUACCUGAGCUUAGGGAAGGACCAGGAACUCCAGCCCAACUUGUGUGAAGACAGCGGGGUCUCGUUCUCUCCUGAAGAAAAGCCCUUUGGCUCCUCCGGCCCCUCUCCCACCCAGCCCCAGAGGAUGGUCCCAGAGUCCCCCUCUCCCACCCAGGCCCAGAGGAUGUUCCCAGACUCCCCCUCUCCCACCCAGGCCCAGAGGAUGUUCCCAGACUCCCCCUCUCCCACCCAGGCCCAGAGGAUGGUCCCAGACUCCCCCUCUCCCACCCAGGCCCAGAGGAUGUUCCCAGACUCCCCCUCUCCCACCCAGGCCCAGAGGAUGUUCCAAGACUCCCCCUCUCCCACCCAGGCCCAGAGGAUGUUCCAAGACUCCCCCUCUCCCACCCAGGCCCAGAGGAUGUUCCAAGACUCCCCCUCUCCCACCCAGGCCCAGAAGAUGGUCCCAGACUCCCCCUCUCCCACCCAGCCCCAGAGGAUGGUCCCAGAGUCCCCCUCUCCCACCCAGCCCCAGAGGAUGGUCCCAGAGUCCCCCUCCUCCUGGGAGACCCAGCUCCCAGCCUCGGAAGACAAGUACAGGGUCACCAUGGAUACAGCCCCCAUCGGCUCAUCCCGAUAUCAGGUAGAUCUCCAUAGCAACGAGUCUGACGAAGAGGAUGAUUUGAUGUGCGAGAAGAAGAAUAAUCCGUUUGACGGCUUCUCCCCGCUGGCGGACGCGCCCUACUCCCAUUUUGAGGAGGAUCUGUCUGGCUGCAGGGCCACUAAGGUGUCUGAGAGUCCUACCCCAGACCUGGUCCAGUACAGGCAGGCCGGAGACCCCCUAGGAAGCCUGCCGGCGGCCUUUGAUGAGGGCAAACCCUACGAGUCGAGCAAAACUGAUGCGGAGGCCUCUGUUCAGCUGAUGAGUCAGUACUCGUCUGCUCUGAAAGAAUACGAUGAUGAUGAGGAAGAAGACUCUCCUCUUCCCCAGUCCCUACCAGACCUCCUGAAGUCUUCCCCUCUGAACCCGGACAAACCAGACUCUGGUUCUUCAGAAGGAAGUCCAGAGCAGAGUCCGGUCCUGGAGCGUCGGAUGAUGGAGUCUCCCAACCCUCCCAUUAACUUGUCGGCCAUUAACCCCUUCACGUUGGAUUCCAAAGUGUGCCUGCUGAAGGAGAUGGCGGAGGCGACGGAGGCCAAGUUAGCUGGCAAACCCAAAGCAGGAGAAGACCAAUUUUCCGGGGCCUUUGACCUCGUCAAGGAGGUGCAGGAAGUAUCUCCCGCCCGGGCCCGAGAGGAGGACCCAGUCCAAAUUGAGCAGAAGGAUUGGUUUUCAAGUAUCGAUUCUCCCAAAAUGCCUGAGAAAAUCCAACCACUGAAUUUUGAAAGCAAGAAAACCCUGGCUGAGGAUUCGGACUCUGAGUCGCCAACGGCAGACUCGCUGUCUCCGGUUCUGGAGGCCAUGGCGAAGAACCCGGCCAGCUUCCAGGUGGAGUCUGAGAAGGAGGUGGAGCUGGCAGACGAGGUCUCGGAGCACGAGGUCUCCUCUGAGGAGUUUGAGUUCAUCGAGAGGCCAGCGCGGGGUGUCAUGGAUGAGUUCCUGGAAGCGUUCGAUAAUUCUAAGUUUGCCUCCUCCAAGGUUCCAGAGAUCCCUCUGGAUGAUGAGCUUAGCUUUGAGAAGGAAAUCACUUGUGCUAAAUUACCUACACCAAUAGAGGAGAAGGAGGUUCCCAGCGAGAGCUCCUAUCUUCUCCUCACCCAGGAGACCUCAUUAGCACAGAAGAACAAGGCAGAGCCGGAGAAGGUGGCUCUGGACAAGCCUCCAAGCCCAGCUACUAGCCCCCAGGCCCUCCCCAGGAAGCCCACAGAGGGCGUGGCUGAGAAGAUGACAGGGGCCAUUAGACUGUUUCAGAUGCCCAGCCUGAAGAUGGAAACAGUGUCCGAGCUGCUGUACUGGCGUGAUGUGAAGACCACGGGGGUGGUGUUCGGCGCGGCGCUGCUGCUGCUGCUGUCCCUCACGGCCUGCAGCAUCGUCAGCGUGGCGUCCUACGUUGGGCUGGCGCUGCUCUCCGUCACCGUGGCCUUCAGGAUCUACAAGGGCAUCCUGCAGGCCAUCCAGAAGUCUGAUGAGGGACACCCCUUCAAGCUGUACCUGAACCAGGAGGUGGCGCUUUCUGAGGACGUGGCCCACCGAUACAGCGACAUGCUGCUUUCCCGCAUCAACAGGGCCGUGGUGGAGCUGAGGCGGCUCUUCCUCGUGGACGACCUGGUGGACUCCAUUAAGUUUGCUGUUCUCAUGUGGAUCCUGACCUACGUUGGUGCAUUCUUCAACGGACUAACGCUCCUCAUUCUGGGUCUGGUGGCCGUGUUCAGCUGCCCCAUCAUCUAUGAGAAGCACCAGGCGCAGAUCGACCACUACGUAGCGAUGGUCAGCGGCCGCAUCACGGACAUCGUUGGAAAGAUCCAGGCGAUGGUUCCUGGCACCAAACGCAAGGCGGAGUAGGGGACGGACGGACGGAGAAGCAGAGGUGGUGGAGGAGAGGCGGUGGAGGAGGAGAUGAGGAAGAGAGGCGGAGGUUUUCAUUUGUCAACUUGUUCAGGAUUGUUUAGUGUUCUUUGGAGAGCUGACCUGGAGUUUGAAUCCUUCAUCAAACCAACACUGAUCUGAUGCCUUGCUCAUAAGACAUUCAAAUCACCUGUCAUCGACCCCUGGCCCGGGCCUGGUGCAUCCUGGGAGAUCCGGCCAGCUGGACUAUGUUUUAGUUUUUUCCACCAAGUUGAGCUAAGAGCCGUUUUAUUGUGGUGGGGGAGUGG